AUGGCCAGUGCGCCUAAAGUUGCUCUCAAAGAGUGUCGCGAGUCACCAUCCCAAGUCGUGAAGAAAGCCGAGGCAUUGGUCAACCAAAUCCGCAAGAGUAAACACUUCAUUGUCUUUACUGGUGCCGGUGUCUCCACGUCAGCUGGGAUCCCUGACUUCCGCGGCCCUGAUGGCAACUGGACCCUAAGAGCCCAGGGUAAACCACGCACAAAGCAUGCCAACACCCUCCAGGCUAUUCCUACCCUGUCACAUAUGGCACUGGUUGAAUUGCAGAAUCGUGGUAUCCUGAAACAUCUUAUUAGCCAGAACUGUGAUGGACUUCACAGACGCAGUGGGAUUUUGCCCGAGAUGAUAUCCGAAUUACACGGGAACAGCAACCGUGAAUAUUGCAAGGACUGCGAUAAGGAGUAUAUGAGAGAUUUCCGCGCUGUCUCAACCUACGAAAGGGGUGACCAUGACCACCGCACAGGUCGAAAAUGCGCCCGCUGUGGUGGAACCCUGUUGGAUAGUAUUGUCAACUUCGACGAGCAAUUACCUGCCCGAGACUUGAACCUCGGGCGAGAAAAUGCCCAAAUGGCGGAUUUGUGUCUUGUCUUGGGAUCUUCGUUGACUGUUACCCCGGCGAACGGCAUUCCGGAAAUUGUUGGGCAGAGGAAGGGUGCUACGCUGGCUAUUUGCAAUCUACAAGAGACACCUAUUGAUGGAUUGGCUGAUAUUCGGGUAUUCUCCGAAGCUGACAUUUUAAUGGCAAAAGUUAUGGAGAAAUUAGGUCUGUCUAUUCCUCCGUUUAUUUUGAGACGGCGUCUUGUUGUCAAUGUGGAGACCCAGUCUGAGGAUAGACACCGCAUUACGGUUACCGGCGUUGAUAGUGAUGGGACUCCUGUAACCUUUCUUCAGGCGAUUCGACUCGAGGGGAGUAGACGUGUGGCACGGGCGGAACCGUACGUUAUUUGCAUGCGUGAAUCGCUGCAGAUGGGUGCACAGUUGAAGUUUGAUCUUGAGUUCAUGGGUCAUUAUAACGAGCCGAACCUUGAGCUUGUUCAUGAAUACAAUGGUAGUGAGGAGGUCUUGUACCUCCUGCAAUAUGAUCCGGAGGCUGGGGUGUGGGUUGUUGAAAGACCACAGUCUUGA